AUGGCCAUCAAGGGUGUUGGAACUAUCUUUGAAAAGGUGGUUCUGCCCGACGGUGAAGAGCGCGAGAUCGAGAUCAAGAACGUGCUUUACGUACCAAGCAUGAGCAAGAAUCUACUAUCGGUACCGCAGAUCCACAGGCAUGGCAUGUUCCAAGUCGUGAUUGACGGGACCAAGAUGUUUGUCGCUCGCAAAGGAUCGCAACAAGUGGUGGCAACAGCAGAUCUUGUGGAUGGCCUUUACUGGCUUCACACAGCUCAUCGAUCGGCCAAUACGACAACAAACGGACGCAACGGUGUCGACUUACAUGCGCGGAUGGGACACGCUCCAGCUGAUGUGCUUCGCAAAAUGAUGGCCACGAACAUGAUCAAGGAUGUGAAGGUACCUCUCACGUCAAAUGGAUCAAGCGCAUGCCGAGGAUGUCAACAAGGGAAAAUGGUCCAAAAACCAUUCCCAUGCAACAAGGACAAGCGCAGAUACGACACCUUCGAGCUACUUCACGUCGACAUCUGCGGACCCAUGGAGAUGAAUUCUCUGGGUGGCAGCAAGUAUCUACUGCUGAUCGUUGACGAAGCCAGUGGAUACAAGAAGGGCUUCUGUCUACGUGUGAAGUCGGAGAGUGAAAACUACAUCACACGAUACAUCAAGAUGGUGCAAGCGCAGUUUGGCAAGAAGGUCAAGCUCGUCCGACACGACGGAGCCCGCGAGUUCGCAACCAACUCGCUUCAAGAAUUCUACGAAGAUAAAGGCAUUGAGCAGCAGACGACGGUGCCAUAUGCACACCAGACCGACGGCACGGCAGAGCGCGCCGUUCGGACUAUCGUCACAAUUGGUCGCAGCAUGCUCCACCAUGCUAAGCUGGAAAAGUGCUUCUGGGCAGAAGCAGCAAUGACGGCAAUCUACAUCAAGAACCUUCUGAUGUCGCCUAAAGUUAUGCACAAGACUCCGUUCGAGAUCGUCCACAACUCCUAG